AUGGUUAACAACAAGAACAAGGAGAGAGACACUGAGUUUUUCUUGGAUCAGAGCAAUGAGGAUGCUAACGAGGAUGAACAGGAUAUUGAAGCUGUCAAGUACGAGAGUGAGAGUAGUAGUGAAGGUGUCAGUGACAAUGAGGAAGGUCCUAGACCAAUACCUAAUUCUUUUUCUUCUCAGAAAUGGCCUCAAAGUUACAAAGAGGCUGUCGAUUCUUACACAAUUGCUGCAGCUCCAAAUCUUGAAUCAAUUAUAAGAGCACCAAGUGUUAUUUAUUCAAGCUUUGUCGGUCAUUCAAAGAGUUACCUAGAACAAGAUGCAAAGACUUCUUUACUAUCUGGUCAGCUUAGUCAAUUUCAAGAAGGGAUCUCGAGAAGACAAUCAACAUGGUGGGAGAAAGCUUCAAUUCAAAUGCAAAUUCCUGAAGAAAUACCCAUUAAUUAUGGAUGUAGCCUCACUCAAACCAUAUUUAAUGGGAUUAAUGUGAUGGCUGGAGUUGGCCUUUUGUCUGCACCUUUUACAACGAAACAAGCUGGGUGGGCGAGUUUGGUGGUGAUGCUUCUUUUUGGAGUUGUAUGUUGUUAUACGGCAGAUCUUAUGAGACAUUGCUUUGAAAGCAGAGAAGGGAUCAUUAGCUACCCAGAUAUAGGCGAAGCUGCAUUUGGAAGAUAUGGACGACUUCUUGUAUCAAUCAUUUUAUACACUGAAUUAUAUUCAUACUGUAUAGAAUAUAUCAUCUUGGAAGGAGAUAACCUUACUGGGCUGUUUCCUGGAACGUCCUUGAAUUGGGGCAGUUUCCAUGUUGAUUCCAAGCAUUUGUUUGGAGUUUUGGCUGCACUUAUUAUUCUCCCAACUCUUUUGUUGAAGGAUCUUCGUAUAAUCUCCUAUCUCUCAGCUGGAGGGGUUGUUGCUACAAUUUUAAUUACUGUCUGUAUAUUUGCUGUUGGGACAACAGAUGAUGUUGGAUUCCAUCACAAUGGUCCACUGUUGAAUUGGAGUGGCAUUCCAUUUGCUUUUGGUAUCUAUGGGUUUUGCUUUUCUGGACAUUCAGUUUUUCCAAAUAUUUACCAGUCUAUGGCUGUCAAAAAAGAAUUUAACAAGGCAGUAAUGACAUGUUUUAUUUUAUGUGUGUUGAUAUAUGGAAGCGUUGCAAUCAUGGGGUUUCUCAUGUUUGGUGAAGAGACUUCGUCUCAGAUAACAUUGAAUCUGCCACCAAAUACAUUUGCUUCCAAAGUUGCCAAGUGGACAACAGUGAUUAACCCGUUAACCAAAUAUGCUUUGAUGAUGAACCCAUUGGCAAGGAGUGUAGAAGAGUUGCUGCCGGAUAGCAUUUCAAGUACUUAUUGGUGUUUCAUUCUUCUUAGAACAGCACUGCUUAUAUCUACAGUUUGUGCCGCUUUUCUGAUACCCUUUUUUGGGCUUGUGAUGGCUUUAAUUGGUUCCCUCCUCAGUAUACUUGUGGCAGUGAUAUUGCCGUCUUUAUGUUUUCUGAGAAUCGUGGGGAAUAAAGCAACAAAUACACAGGUUGCUCUGAGCGUCGUAAUUGCUGCAUGGGGAAUCACUAGUGCUUUCUUUGGAACAUAUUCAUCAGUAUCAAAGAUUGUGCAGAGUUUCAGCACAAGUCCAGCCAUUUGA